GCGUAGACGUACGUGCCGUGCGUCUGACGUCACUGGACGUUCAUCUCGUUCUCCUUUGGUUGGAGAGCGGAUGAGUUAGCGCGCAGCUAACUAGCCACAUUUGUUCACUCCUCGCGGUUUUAAAGUACCUGCGGUGAUAGCCAGGUGUGUUUCUGCGCCGGACCCCACAGGACGUGACCUACCGCCGGAUUCCUUCAGAGACUUUAGUCUCCGCUCCUGGAGAAAACGCUGAGCCAUGUACAAUGGGAUUGGCCUGACGACUCCGCGGGGCAGCGGCACCAACGGCUAUGUGCAGCGCAACUUGUCGAGCCUGCGGGUCAAACGGCCACGAGAUGAGCGCGGCGGCGAACGAGAUGAGAAGGACCGGGAGAGGCUGGAGAGUCAGCUCAACAGGCAGCCCAAUGCCGACAUCCUGGAGCACCAACGGAAGAGGCAGCUGGAGGUGAAGUGUGCCGAGCUGCAGGACAUGAUGGAGGAGCAAGGGUAUUCAGCUGAGGAGAUCGAGGAGAAGGUGAACAGUUUCCGUAUGAUGCUACAGGAAAAGCAGGAGCCAGCUCCCACCGCCGGUGAAAGACCAACGGUGACAGAGACUCAUGCUCUGGCUGCAGCCAACCAGCAGAAGAAUGACCGUCUUCGUGCUGCUUUUGGCAUCGCCAGCGACUACGUGGAUGGAUCAUCCUUUCACGCUGACCGCAAGGAGAAAGAGAAGGAGAAGAGAGAACAGGAACGGCUGGAAAGGGAGAAACUGCAGCAGCAGAAAUAUGCGUUGGUGGAAGAUUCAGACAAUUCAGAUUCUCUGCCCAAGAAGCGCAGCCGGAAGAAGAAAAAGAAAAACAAGAACAGAGACAGCAGCUCAGAGAGUCCUUCCCCAUCUCCUCGACGAGAGAAGAAGAAAUCCAAAAAGAAGAAGAAGAAGCGGGAGGCAUCAGAAGACGAGGAGGAAGAAGAAGAUAGUCAAAGUUCCUCAGACGAGAAGCAGAAGGUGUCAAAGAGGAAAAGGAAGAAGAGUGACAGUUCAAGUCCUCCAAAAGCAAAGGCAGCGCGACACAGGAGUGUGUCCUCCAGCUCUGCUCACAGCCCGUCUCCAGUUCCAGUGAGAUCACGCCCACAGGAACAAGGUGCAAGAAAAGCUGAUGAAGGCAGAAAGGGGAGAUCCCCAGACAGGAGGAGACGGGGCUACGAGCAGAACAGCCCACAUCAUCAGGGAGGCGAAGGGAAGAGGCCCAAUCUUGAGAGAGAAAAAGAGCGACAGAGUGAGACGGAGAAGACUUCCGCCAAGAGGAGACAUGACUCUUCAUCACCUUCUCCACCACCACCGAUGGAAAAAAGCAGAGAGAGGGAGAAAGGGAGGAGAUCCAGAAGCAAACAGAAGGAGAGUGAGAAAGGGAGGCGCUCCAGAAGCAGAGAAAUGGAGAAAAGGAGGCGUUCGAGGAGCAUAGAAAAUGAGAAAGAGAGAGGUCGGCGUUCAAGAAGCAAAGAAAGGGAGAGAGGAAGGAGCUCCAGGAGCAGAGAGGUGGAGAAAUCAAAGCGAUCAAGAAGUAGAGACAACGAGAGGGGGAGGCGCUCCAGAAGCAGAGAGGUGGAAAAAUCAAGGCACUCAAGGAGCAGAGAAAAUGAGAGGGAGAGAGGGAGGCGCUCCAGAAGCAGAGAGGUGGAGAAAGGAAGGCGAUCAAGGAGCAGAGACGUGGAGAAAAGGAGGCCUUCAAAGACCAGAGAGGUGGAGAAGGGGAGACGUUCACGCAGCAGAGAAAAGAAGGACAAAGGAAAGGAGACUGCUCCUCAGAAGACCAGACAUGACUCCUCCUCAUCCUCUUCUCCUUCUCCUUCUCCUCCACCACCUAAACAGGAGGCCAGGAGCAGAGACACUGAACGGGAAAAAGACAGGAAUAAAUGGGACAAGAAGACGAGACAUGACUCCUCAUCCCCCUCACCUCCCCCUGAGAAGGAGAGGGCAAGAAGGGAGAGGAGUGGGGAGAGGGAGCGCAGGACUGAGAAAGAUCUGCACUCAAGGGUGCCAAAUGACAGGAGAGACACUGGAAAGAGACAGGAGAGAGAGGCGUCUCCAUGCCAACAGAAAAAUGACAGGAGAAGGGAUGGACAUCCGUCCUCCACUUCCCUGUCCCCCGCCUCUCGUUCACCUGUCACCAAUGGGCGUCAGAGAGAGAGGGAGGAGGAGAGGAGGAGAGAAAAGGACAGCGAGGGUAGAAAGGAGAGGGACAGGCACCCGAACAAGCAGAGGGAACAGGACAGAGAGCGGGGUCAAGAAGGAGGCAGGAAGAGAGAAGAGGCUCAGCGAUCAUCUGCAGAAACUCUGCGAAAUGAAUCAAGACCUGCAGAGAGGAGCCGGAGACCAGAGCUGAACGAGAGCCAAGAGAAGACGAGCAGUGCUCCGAGAAAGGAGAAACGUGAUGACAAAACCAAACAGGCUGAGAAGAAAAGAGAGAGCAGCAGCAGCAGCAGCAGCAGCAGCGGUAGCAGCAGCAGCGAUAGUGACAGUGAUAGCUCCUCAUCCUCCUCUUCUUCUUCGUCCUCCUCUUCGUCCUCGUCCUCUGAUGAUGAGAGCAAGGCCAAGAAGGCUGGGUCAGUCGGAAGGGAGAAAAGUAGCCCCCCAAAAAGCGCACCGCCUGCCAUUGGGGCUGCAGUUCAAAAGUAUUUAGCCAAUGGCAGAAAGGAAAGUGUGGCUCCUGCUCCUGAGGCCGACGGACCGAGACGAGCCCAGAAGGAGAGAGACGGUGGAGGAGACAAACAUGAGAGGGAAAGACCUUCCCACAGAGCUCCCGUGGAGAAUUACCCAUCCCGGACAAAGGGCCAGGAGCGAUACAGCCCCACACAGAUGGACAGCCCUAGUCCGCCUCCUUCUCCGUCCAACAGAGCGGACACCAGCAGAGGCAGCAACAGGUACUCUCCAUCUGAGGCCGAAGCAGAGAAAACGAGAGUGGAGGCCAAAGUCAGGGAAAGAGAGAGAGGGAGGGAGAGAGAUGCACCCAGGAGGCCUGCGCGGUCUAGCCCCUCAGCCAGGAGGUCACGUUCUCCACCCCAGAAAACCUCCACCACCUCCCCGGCCCGUCGCACUCCACCAAGGCAGUAUCAGGAACCCCCGACUCGAUCGAGGAGAGCUUCUCCUCCUCCAACCUGGUCAGACCGGGAACGGGAGAGACAGAGGGACAGAGACAGGGACAGAGAGAGGGAUCGGGAGAGGGAGAGAGAGAGGGAGAGGGACAGGGAGCGAGAGCGAGAGAAGGAAAGAGAACGUGAGCGUGUUGCCAGGAGGUCCAGGUCCAGAAGCCCAAGGAGGCGCAGCAGGUCCAGGUCCAGAAGUCCAAGGAGGCGAAGUCCCCCCAGCAGGGCUCGUCGCUCUCCUUCUCCACAGCGCCGAAGGAGGAGCAGUCGCUCCCUCUCCAGAGAAAGAGCGAGAGAAAGGGAACAUGAGAGGACCAGGCAGAGGGAGGCAGAGCAGGAGAGACAAAAGGAAAAGGACCGUCUGCCACCAAAAGAUGUUCCUCAACCCCGCAGGUCCUCCUCCUCCUCCUCCAGCUCCUCUUCCUCUUCGUCCUCACCUUCACCACAGCGAGAGAGGAAAGACACAAAAACACCAACAGAGACGGACAGAAGACCCGAGCGAGGAGACGAGAAGGACAGAGAGCAGAAAAGCCGUUCCUCUUCUUCACAGGGCCCUUCAAGAGACUCGUCACAUGCUCCAACCUCAGGUAGAAGAGGCUCCCCGUCCAGACGCUCUGACGUGACCUCCAGGCGGUCUCCGGCUGGCAGCCAAUCAGAAACCAAACAAUCGUCACAAGGUCCAAGCAGGAAGCAGUCACCAGUGGCAGCCCCUCCGCCCUCCGACCAAACAGUGAGAAGUAAAAACGCUGUUAAUGGGAAGGAGGCAAAUGCAAACAAGAAAGCCAACAGGAGCAGCAGCUCCAGCUCCUCCUCCUCAUCUUCAUCCUCCUCCUCUUCAUCAUCUUCAUCCUCCUCUUCAGACAGCUCUGACUCUGAAGCAGAGCAAGGAAAAGGGAAGACUGCCAAAGCUCAAAGCUCUCCUUCCUCAGCCUCUUCAUCAGAGAAUGAAAAGGAAACCAAGAAACCUAGCCCUGCCAGGUCUGGGAGGGUUCCUGCUGAUUCACUGAGAGAUUCUCGCUCACUCAGUUAUUCACCUCCAAGAUACAUGAGAGCAGCGCCGCCCUCGCCAAAUCGCAGGAGCGACAGCAGGCAGUCUCCAAGCCGCUCAUCAAGCAGCAGACGAAGGAAAUGAGACAGUUUGAGACCCUUCACCACUCCGUCUGUUGUCUCUGUUCACGUCCAGCUGGUUUGAAACGGACUACAACGUAAACUUCACAGCGUGUAUAUGCUCGUCUGUGAAUGUCAGGGGACUCGUUUUGGUUCCGAGCCACCACGCAGUUAUCAGCAUUGUUUUUUAAGCAGCGAUGACCGGAGGCUGGCUUGUACAUUUCUUUUUAUGAGCUGAAUAAGAAACGUACACACACACACACACACACACACACACACACACACACACAGUUAAGUAAAACGUAACUCUAACAAUGUUCCUCUGUACUUGUACUGUUUGUUGCGUUCUACCUGUAGAUAUGAGCUGUCUGUAUUUUGGUUAUUAUCAUGUAACAGAUAUUCAAUUUCCAUUUAAUGUGAGCAGAAACGUGGAUAAUUUCUUUGUUGAAGAUGGUUAAUAAUAAUAAAAGGCAAUUGUACAUUUUA